AUGAAGCGACAAGUAGAGAAGGCCCCAAAAAAUACGAGAAAAAGAAGAAGAAGACGACAAUCUUCACCGUCGGUAAAACCAACACCGUCCUUACCUCUCGAUCUAAUCUCCCAGAUAUUCUUAAAGCUGCCUGCAAAAGCUGUCGCUAGGUCUCGUUCUGUUUCGAAGCUUUGGUCCACAAUCACCACCGACCCAUAUUUCAUCAGCAAUUUCGAAACUCAACCGAGGCUCCUACUAUAUUUCAAAGGACGUGGUGAUAAGCUCUUUGUCUUCUCGCUUUCUCAACAUAAUGAUCAGAAUAUUCCUAACGAGUCCUAUUCCUAUUACUCUUCUGAUCAGCCUAUUCAUAGCUACCAUAUGGACUACCCAAAACAUAUUUCCUUCAUCUCUAAACAAAAAACUGAGUCGGUUCAUGGCUUGAUCUGCUUUCAGAAAUCAGCAAAACCCAUAGUGUGGAACCCUAACCCUAACGUGAGGAAGUUUUUGUAUCUACCUAGACCAGACACGAGCUGGAAGAAGGGUAUAAUCGCCUUUUUAGGAUACGAUCCAAUAGAUUGUGUACACAAAGUAGUGUGCAUGCCUUUGGGUGAGGAAGCAUCGGAUGAGUGUAGGGUUUUGACGUUGGGAUCAUCCAACAAAAACUACUCAUGGAGAAGGAUAAGAACCAAUUGUACUCAUCGGCCUUUUGUUUAUGGACAGUGUAUCGACGGUGUUCUAUACUAUCAAGCCCAACUUGGUGGUGGUUCUGGCUCAGGACGAGCAAUCAUGAGGUUUGAUGUAAGAUCUGAAAAGCUGUAUGUGAUAAGACUUCCAUGGGAUGGAUAUUGGGAGAUGAGGAUAAUAACUUAUGAAAGAAGGUUUGCUUGUGUUGGUUCCAUUGGGAAUAGUAUUUCAAUGUGGGUUUUGGAGGAUGCAGAGAAGCUCAAAUGGUCGAAUCAUAUCUUUUUACCUCUUUCUCACUAUGAUCAGGUUUUGGGGGUAAACUUUAAACUGAUGGGUAGCAGUGAUGAGUCCGGUGAGUUGAUUUACGUGCAGACCAAGCUAUUCGAAUCUUUUCAUGUCAUAUAUAUUCAUCCGAAGAGAAAGACGUUUAGGAAGGUUGAAUAUAGAGGAAUUGUGGAUGAUGAAUUUAGGAAACUCCAUGGACUUGGAGAGGGGCGUAUGCGUGGGCUCCAAGUUUUCCCCAAUCACAUUGAAACUCUUUUGUCUUACUGA